AUGCUUGUUAAAUUUCUGAAAGAAUAUACACCUUCUAUUGUUACAAAAGUAGUUAUCUGGAGGAAACCUGAGGUAGGAAGUUACAAAUGUAAUACAAAUGGAGCUUCUAAAGGCAAUCCAAGACCUAGCUCAAGUGGCUUUUGUGUGAGAGAUUCUUCUGAUAAUUUUAUAUACGCAAAAUUAUCUAGACUAUUGGAUGGUAAUAAUCUUAUAGCUGAAGCUAAGGUACUAAUAACAGGGCUAGAAUUUUGCAUUCUGGCACAUUAUACUCAAGUAGAGAUGGAAAUUGAUUCAUUAACCAUGAAAAAUGUGCUUAAAGGUAUUUGGGAGGUCCCUUGGGAAAUAAGUUUGGAAGUGAAGAAAUUUAAGGAACUUAGGAACAAUUGUGUAAUAAGGGUGGAACAUGUAUUCAGAGAAGGAAAUCAUAUGGUUGAUUACUUUGCUAAAAUGUUCUUGAAUGACUGCAGUUUUCUGAUCAGUAACUGGAUAGAAGCAGGUGUCAGGUGA